AUGCUGAUGGAGUUCACCAUUGUGGAGUUUGGUGCCGGGGUGACGAUGGGGACGUUUGAGGACUCCGCAAGUGAAGUUGUCCAGCUGCCGAUCCAAUGGGUCCGGAGACGUCCGACGAGACCGAUCUGUGUAUGGAAUGUUCGCCGACAGUGUGAGCACGCUAAAAGUUAUGAGAUGUUUGGUCUAAGAGUCCGAGGCGCUAGCAAAUCGCUCCACGUUCGUUUCGCAUUGUCAGCGAGGACACGGUUGGCUUCAUAGAUUGAUGCCUAAGUUUUAAUUCAUCCUCUCCAGACGGUCUGUUCAACGCGAGGACCUCAUAGGUCGACGGAUGUGCUUGCAGAUCCUUUCAGCGAGACCCACAUCUAUGUACUCGGCCAGCUGAAGAAAGUGGAUGCCGGUUGCACAUUCCUCUGGAGCGACCGCCCAAAUUCACAGUAGCUUGACGCUGGCGUCGCUUUUGCCAUCCGGGCGACAUCAUGGGCGACAGUCCUGACUGCCGCAUGAUGUUAACGGCUGUCUCAUGAUUCUGCGACUGUUUUUUCAGGUAGUCAAAUUCAUCCCUCUCAUCAUUGCCCACGCCGCUCCUCCCAUCCCCAGCGUCCAAUCCAACGAGGUGAGAAAAAAGUUAUACAAGGCAGUCUAUGGCAUCCUGGAAACAGUGUCGAAGAUGGGCGAGCUGAUUGUCGCCGAUGCUGCCAAUGUCCGAGUCGAAACAGACCAAGUUGACUGAAGAAGAGUGUUGGGUUUCAAUGAAAUCGGCGGCUAUUACGAAAACGGCCUCCUUCUCCUUCUAGAGACCUACGCAUAACGCCACGUAUUCUGACCAACAUUCUCUUCCGUCUUUCGAGCGGGCGAUGUCGGCCUGAGUUCACCCACAAUCGCAACGCCGGCAGUUGCUGAACUACAUUCUCCUCCAGAGGCGAAAUUGACAGGACGAGCUGGUAACCAAGGCUGUCGACAACGCGCACGGUUGGACGGAUCACCGUUUCACCGUCCCGAAAAUGAUACUCUGUCUGGAACCUCGCAGGAAACCAUGUGGUAAGCGACCGCCUGUCCACCGCUUCAGUUUGGCCAGACAGAUAACCUGUGACUGGAGAACUUACAGGUUCCGGAAGAUAUCGUCAUCACUGAGACUCGAUGAUAAUAACUGUAGAGAACCGUCUACUUCACUGUCCUAGACAUCCCUGGAUGCACACAUCUUCCACAUCAGGGUUGCUUUGAUGACGGCGACGCAGAUAUCAGCAGUCUGCUCACCGAAAGGCCAAAAUAGACCAUCAGACUAACGCAAACAAAGACGCUUUCAUCAGAUGUCGCCGCCUUUUGCAGCAAUGACUGUGGGAGAUGGAGUAUAUCUGGAUGACUCACAGGACCGAGGAUGUCCAGGAAUAUGCGGUUUACAAUAAAACGGAGAACUUUUUCGAGUAAAUAAAGACGAUUUUUGGUCCUACAGCCAAAGGAACCGCUCCGACGCUCAGCUCCAAUGGACCAACACCCCUUGCCAAAAUUCGCAGAUUCUGGAAUAUUGGAUCAAGCACUUCAGAAGUGUCCUCAACCGUCUAUCCACGAUUUCCAACACCACCAUUGACCGACUCGCCAGGUGGAAACCAACAACGACUUGGACCUCCCUCCUACCUUUCGAGUUUAAACUCGCGUCGUCCGGCGAAACCUCGUAGCUCAAGUGGUUAGAGCGUUGGAUGUACUAAAGCCUUCUCCUUACUGCGUGGGUUUGACUCCCACCGAGGUGCCGACUUUUUCACAGUUGUGUCAAUAUGGAUCCCUACUCUUGCCGAUGAGGCGAACUUGCAAGAAUUGUUUUUCGACUGGUGGAAUAAUGCUGUCCAUGGCACUUGCAGUUUACAGCAUGCAGCUGUUCCAUGUCACAUCUCGGAAGUCGAAACCAGGUCCCCAGUAAGCGCCCUUGCCGUCUAAACGAAAUGCCACUCUGGAAGGCAGAAACACAGAAGAGCCUCGAAGUUUGGACUACGAACACUUUAGAGGUUCAUACUUACUGUUGAAACGCGGCCAAUUCCACAACUUUCCUGAUAGGCGUCUUCAAACAGGUUUUCGCAAUUUUCGACAGUGAAUGCUUCCUCAAAGUCUUCAGAAUCUUCAGAAGAGCACAACUUGAGCAUAAAAACCAAACAUGGAGACUGUGGACGUGGCGAAGCAGUUACCUAAUCGAAAAGUUUCAGGGACGAUCAAGCCACAUUACUGAAUGUGAUCCGCCUAGACCGGGAGAAUAACUUCUAUCCCAGUGGUGCCCCUUUUCAGCUGCGUUCUGGAAUCUGCAUUUUUUCGCGCUUCGAUGGCAGCCUCUUAUAUUUUAAUUUUCUGUGUUGUAGGGAAAGAACGCAUUUGAAUCAAUGUGCUCUUUAUCCCAGAAAUAUACAUACUUCUGCAACACUGAACUUUGACCCAUUACGCUCUCCAAGAUGUCGUUAGGGCUACUUAGUUGUGAAUUCGUCAUUAAUUAUAAGGGACAUUUUGACGUGAAAUCCAUCAAAGAAUAAAGCUUUAACUCGUGUCCUGCUUUGAAUUAUCAUAUACGGCAUUGUGGUGAAAAUCAUCGUGAUGUUUUCAUACUUUAUUAUCUUGCCCGUACAAAAAGGCGUACUUCAUUUUUUUGUGUUGGUUUAAAUACCAAGAAAAAUACAUUACUAAGGAACGCUGACAUUUCGAAAAUUAUCCGCUAUUUACAAUGACCGUCACUGGUACCUUAAGGUACCGUAAGUAUUUAAUCAGGCAACUUUUUCUUAGUCGGCAGCAAAAUUCACAGAAUUCGACUUCUCCAUUUGGGGACCCGAAAUGUGGAGGUCAUAUCUGCGGUUCGUUACAUCAUCAGGCUGACUGUUUCGCCUGCAAAGACAGGUCGUCCAUCUCCUCCCAUUUGACCUUGCUGAUACUCUGUAUAGUAUGAAGAACAAUAGAGCAACACGUUUUCAGACUCGCUACUACUGGUUACUGCCCUAGGUCACGUCAUCCAGUUUACAACAGAACAUUUCUCGCAACAAUCCACAAUUCUCGAGUUAACUUUCACUAUUCAAAACCUGGAGCAAAAAAACACUAUCACAUCAAGACCCUGCCAUCACCAGCCGCGGCCGGCCACGCCUUGCCGCCACCGCAAGACGUGUCUACGACGCGGUCAAACGUGGCCAUUUGGCGUGGCUAAGGCGUGGCCUUCGACACCACAGCCACGUUUAGCCACACCAUUCGAAAAAAAUGCGUGGCGGCGCCCCCAUUCUCCAAUUGUCCCUCCACCCUUUUAUGGCCCCCGUUUUUUAACUCGCGAGUGCACUAAUUGUGGACUUUCGGCUGACGCAGUACGAUUACAGUUCACUGAAGCCUUCCAGCUUCGGCUAAAGCAAAUCGGUGAUAAAAACCCGCGUAUGCGCACAACCGGACAACCUACAGGUUCUCCCCAUUCUCAAUUCGUUUCCCGCCCCUUUAUGGCUUCCGUUUUUUACUCGCGAGCGCACUUGUUCUAAACUGUCGAAAAUCGCAGUACGAUUGCAUGUUACCGGAUCCUCCCAGCUUCGGCUAGAGCAAAUCAGCGAUAAACAUCCCGCGUAAGUGCACAACCGGACAACCUCGCUAGCGUUCACUCUAUCCCACGGCAUAGGAAAGUGUAGAGACAAUGAUUAGAAACGAGGGUUUAUUGAGUAUUUGCAAAUGAGAACUCGGUAAAAAAAAUACAGGUAGGGAUGCAGUUCUCCAAUGGACAUUAAAGGGUUUCCCCUGGUAAUCGGCGGUUCCUGCAAAAAAAGAACUGUUGUAAAACGUGGAUGAUGCUUUUGUCAUUGAAGUAAUCCAUAAUGUUAAUAACAACAGAAAUGCAAUUCCUAGGUUGCGUGUCAUAAGCAAGGUUCCUUCGGGGCUGGCCAGACGCGGGUCUGGCGUUCCGAGUAGUGAUUCGUCUGUCCGUCCCCAGACACUGGAAAUUCACGCACACAGUUCUAUGUACAUGACCCUAAUUGACCUCGUGUGGGGCUACAUCGGAUUCGCAUUUCAAUAUGACUAGUUUGGCCUCCCUCCCCUCAUUGACUGCGGAGAUGAUUGGCGGCCCCAAUGGUCCCUCGUCAUAACUGCCUCGUGCGAAGAAAAUUCAUAAAACGAAAUUGGGGGCAAGUUAAUUUGUGCAGUUGUUGAUGGAGCUGUCGGUGGAAAAACGGCUAGGCGUCUUUCAACCCGCCCAAACAUGUAAUCAUUGCCUCGGCCAACAACCUCAGGGCUGAUGCAGAGAAGCCCGGAAGUCCUCCGCCAAAUAAUUUAUUUGCGCGUGACGGCGCGAAGUAAUUAUGGACGCUAAUUAUAUACGCGGUCAACCAGGGCGGCCGCGGCCCUGGUCACAGUAAAAUAUGGGUCCAACACAGACCCGAAACCGGUCAACGAGGGCCGGGUAAGGCGUGCUCUCACUUUUCACACUCAAGAGAUAGGUGGAAGGAUUUACUACGUCUGCGGACGUCAUACCUCAGGCAGAUAUCAUCGAGUAAUUUAACAAUGUACUCUGCAAUAGUUAUUACAAUAUAAUAAUUAUUAUUGCAAAGUGCACUGUUAAUUCAUACAUACUAGUAUGUAUGCAUAAUUCAAAAAUGCAUACUAUCAUUAUAAUUAUUGAAAAGAGGGAAAUAGCAUGAAGUGUGUGAAUAGCAGUCUUUUUCAGUUAACUUACGUGUGCUUCGGAGGGAAAAGUUGUGGGCAUGCGAGUUCAUCAGUGGGGACUCCUUGAAACUGAACACAUUUAACCAGUAAUUCAAAGCAAACUCGAAUGUAUCUUCAUGUUAAGUUCAUUUUGUUUUGGAUACUUAUUUCAAUGACGUUCAGAAAUAGUUAUUUUGCAUGGCGCUAAAGCUAGUCACCAUUCCCGGAUCUUUUUUAGUAGACGUGACGUAAAAAUUUAGAAAUCAGUAACUCUGAUAUUUCAAAUCCGACAAAUUUGUACGACUUUUCUUAAACUUACCACAUCCUCAAAUGUCAUUCAAAACUAAUCUUAGAAUAUUUUUGAUUGUAACUUAAAUUGCAAUUUAUACACUUGCCAGGUCAGAAUUUAACUUUCUUCUACGAACCUUUCCCUGCUUCCACGUGUUUUUGCUUGAUUUUAUUCCGACCUUUUCCUCCGCUGUAGUAUUCUCAGUUGUUUUUUUCAACUCCCCUGUAAUCAUUAUCCACGUCGCAAUGCGUACACGUUCGCUCUUGGUCUGUAUUCCGACAGUUAUAGGUGCCGUUGGAGAACUAUUUCUGAAUUGGUUAAACAGUUAUCGUCAGUUAUCUGGCCAGUGCAUGCGACAGAGUGCGUUCGCAGGUACCAAUGCAGCAGAAUCUAGAUACUCAAAAAACAAAACUAUUGUCAAAGGGCACGCAAUAUUCAGGGAAUUGGAAAACAGCUGUUUCACUCCGACUCCGGCAUCACGAGCGUCCUUUUAUGUUUGAAAUUAUCUAAAGGUUAUAGGGGAUUCGGGCGCGUGGUUUGAAUUGUCGGCCGUCGGCCGUUGUAACACUCGUCCUCGGCACAUUUUCUCCUUACUUUCUGCGUUGCAAUUAUAUCUCUCCUUGAGGAAUUCCCGUUACGUCUCCUCUUUUUCGUCGUGUUCUCAAUCCCAGCUUUGUUUAACUCCUUCCGUUUUCAAUUCUUCCCGUAAUUUGUAUUUGCAGCCCGAAUGCCUGUCUGCUAGCCGCUGUGCUCCCAAUUACUUUUUUCCUAGACAAUUGAGCAUGCCUGACUCGAGUCCUAUAUCUGUUCACAUUCUAGCAGUAAGGCAUCGGGCUGUUUUCGCACUUACUAAGUUCCAUAACUGUGUCUAGACACAGCGUCCAAAUUGCAUAAGAGUAAUAACCAAUGACGUUUCAGAGCUAGAAUCUCGAUAAAUAGAUAUUAUCCGUAUAUCGACUCGAUAUCUAUUGCUACUAGGGCUCUGUCUACCCUUUAAUGGCAUAUGCCAUGCAUAAAGUAUGCAAGUCCGUCAAAUUCAUUUGAAACUGCGAAGGUUGAUAGCGCGAAAUGAAUGAAAUCGUCAUAGUCAAUAUUCAGUAUUUGGAUAAAAAUAUACCCGCUAGGAAGCGUUGCCCUUGUGGAAUCUUUAUGAAUGGGUCUUAUCAACCUAAAGUAACCGGUCAGGGCGUCUCACAUCAGUGCCUCGUCUCCAAUGCACACAGCCCCACUAAGAUAAGCCGUCCUUUUCUAGCUCAUUAAUCUCCACUAAGUAGCAAAUUUGUUGUUGCAGCUUUCCGGCUCCCCAGUUAUAUGCCUCCACGUUCCUUUCUUGCAAGUCGAAGAACUAUCGAGUCCGACAAAAAUUGAUGUUUAUUUCUGCUGCGACUGACACAACUACGAGUUCCAAACCAAAUUAGUCGGCGGAACCCAACCAACGGGGUAAAACCGAUUGAUAAAGCGGCUCGGUAACAAUAACUACAUGCAUUCUUGGCACCCUCUACAACCCUAGCGCUUGCACGGUCGUCUGGUGUUCGACCCCAGACCGUCCCGUAACUAAUGCAGACCGCAGUCGAUUUUGUCAAAAACAAGCAUCCGGAACGAAGCACACUUCCGAAACACGCUUUGUGGUAAGCCUCACCUCCGGGUCCGCGAUGACUGCAGUCAGUUAUUGUAAAGAUGCCUCCGAGUAUAGGAAAACUGGGUAACAGAAAGCAACUGGUAAGAAUUGCCCUCUCCUGCAAAUGUACAAGUUCUGCUCGGAGUACCGGUAGUGCUGUAGUUAAAUGCUUCUUUCCGUGAUUGCCUGUCCAGCCCAUUGGUCGCCGAACAGCACAUGACUACCCGCGUGUGAGACCUUUGUCAAACAUCCUUAAUAUUUAUGUGUUAUAACUCAUCCCACUCCAAAGUAUUUGUAUUUAUUCACACGUCUGUAACUUGACCUUUGAUUCCACCGAAAGUAGCUAUCGUUCUGCUGCUCACAAGUGCCGAGAACAAUGUUGGGACCAAAUGCAUAGAUGCACUUUUUCCUACCACAAGAAAUCGGGAAAAACGACACGGUCAUUGGACCCGAGCAUCGUUGGCUGGUGAUAACGAAUAUGCCCGAAUUAAAAUAGCUCUAACAACUGAUGAACUCGCCAACAAACGAUGAUCGAAUUGUGCCAGAAAAUGUAGAGAUUCCAGAAUUUUUCAGUGGAAAAGAAAUCGCGAGCUCCAACUAGCAGUAAGAUUGGAGGAAAGUCGAUCACGGGAAUUCAAAUUAGGGUCUAUUAUCAGAGUCAAACUCAGAUGAGGUUACUGCAUUACGCAUAUGUUGCGGCACUUGUAGUAUGAGAUCGCUGUACUGCUGCAUACCAGUCCGUGACACCAUUGAGGUCGGCUAGAUCAGUCAUGAUUACAGUUCUACCAAGUAAAAGUGCUCGUCAAAAUUUGCGGCUGGCAUAUCCAGCUCGGAUUGUUGCAUAUAGUACGAUAUUUGCUUAAUUGCCUGCAGCCGAGUCGUUAAUUUUUGAAAUAUCAUUACUCGUUUGGGUUCUUGGACCCACUAACUGGAAACAGUGCUCCCCGAGCGGCUAUUUACUAUGCCUAGGCAGUCUCAACACAGAAUGUAACGGAGAUGGUCAUCUUCCGUGUUACUCGGCUGAGGGCCAGAGAACCAUAACUAGAGAAGUUUGCGGCUCACGCGGUUGUCACCGUUCUCGGAAUUUCGGCUUGAUCGAACUUGAAUGUGUGGUCGGGUCAGGCAAAUAAAGCUCUUGUUGCCUUCUUUCCGACUGCUUCUUGGAACGCGCCCCUUCACUUAUUUAACAUAAGUUGUCGAACGAGCUAAAACAAUAAGGGCGUUUUGAUUACCAACCCGUAAUGUGCUUUGUGUUGUUUGGAGUAGCGAUCACUCUAACCUACUGUAGAUGUUUUUAUUUAAUCCGAUCCGUUUUGCUCCCACACGAGGUCGUAAGCAAGUUUAAGAAUAUUUUAACAAACCUAUUGAUCAAUUCUAUAUUCUUCGGUUUUUUUCUGACAUCAAACCUGCUACUUCCGGCUUCAUCCAGCUCCCUAAUCCUCCAUCUCGCUGCUCCCCGCGUACAUCUUUUGGAUGUUCGUGGGGAUCUUUGCCUAAGUUUGUGCAAGUAGCACCCGCUGUCGCGACUGAUGUAAAUCACUCCAUGUAGUAGUUAUGACCGUAGCAAGCACACGAUUAUGGCUGUAAGAGUCAGAACGAGAAUACCCUAUAACAGGGCUUUAUUCGUCUUACAAUUGACGUACUGAGACUAAAAAGAGAAAUAGAAAAGUAGUAGGUAAGGUGGAAUUUAGCCUGGGGCUUAUGUUGGCAUGACACUCCAUAGUUCUCCUAUCGCAUUCGUUAUAAUUCACCCUUCAACAACUAGAACAUAUGUUUACUUAAAUUUUCUUUAGUGUCAUGCAGUACGGUACUUUGGCAGCUUGUGUGGUUACCCCCUACAUUGGUGGAUUCCUCGGAUCCCCGGUGAUCAAGCGCAACAUGGAGUGGUAUCGUAGUUUAAAGCGACCUCCACAUGCACCGCCUGAGUGGAUCUUCAUGCCGGCCUGGAGCAUCCUCUACGGUUGCAUGGGCACCGCAUCGUACCUUGUAAUCAAGGAGGCUGGACAACAGGAUGUGCGUCUCCCUAUAGCUGUUUAUGGCGCCAAUCUCCUACUAAAUUUCUCAUGGACGCCAGUCUUUUUCGGGAUGCACCGCCUUAAGACUGUAAGUUACUCUCUUGUCCUUAGACAUUUCCGUAUGGUGAUUCUUUUGACCUGGAUACACGGCCUAUUCGCGCCUGCUUUUUGUUCGUUCUACCGCCAUAUUCAUUCUCGAGUCUGGGUUUGAAGUCCUGUGAUAAGCGUUGCUACUCCGGCUUUCGAUUAACCGUUGACAUAUACUCUUGAAUCGGUUAAGAGAUCCAAGGCGGUUCGGGACUAAAGAAUGUCUGGGCGGUUACGGGUAGUAACAGUGGCGAAGACAAGGUUUCUAUGGUCCCAACCAGUCCGUCUCUGUAGCAGCCGACGACGUUGAGGACGACACACCCACGGUCUAGUAAGGCACUUUGAGUCUUUCUGGGCCACAGAAGCACUAAACAAAAUUGAUAAUCACCACGCCAAACACACGUACUUGCAUAUCAUAAGAAAAAGUAGUAAGUGUUAAAAAUAUAUUAAUAGUAGAAGACGAGUCAAUACACAAGAAGAAAGGGAGCGUGUUACAUGUACAAUUGACUGCCGACCAGAGCAAUCGUUUUUUAAUUCUGAGAAAUACAUACCUCAGAGGUGUGCUUCUGAUUGCCAUCGGCCUAAGUAUUAGCUCAAGGUUAUGUUCCAUGCCUACACUAAAGAAAUAUUGCAGCGGCAUUUGUUGCUUUACCAUCGUUGUAGUUAACCUAGUAACUUCAAAAUGCCUGUCUAGCGUCGUCCCUUGGCAUCGGCCCAGUUUUCUGAUCGUAUUCCGGUUUUAACCCGCUUGGAUUAGCAAUUCUGAUCAAAUAUCAGUGCAGUGGUUUAUUGUCACUGCACGUUGGUAGUUGUGACCAUCGCGACUUCGAUGCUUGUGCGUUCUUACAGACAAAAGAUUAUGAGUGGUGAAGAAGGCAAUUUUUGUUCGUUCACUUCGGGGUAACCCGUGACCUCUUUCCCUCAUUCAGUCUGUCGCAAUCAUUCUCGCCACGACAUUCAGCGCCUUCGGUUGUCACUACCUGUUUCAAAAAGUAAAUCCCACCGCUGGCCUGUUGAUGCUGCCCUACGUUCUAUGGCUCUGUUUCGCCUCCUCGGUCAACAUUGGCACGGCUCGACUCAAUUCCCCGCCUGCGGAAGAAAAGUCCGCCUAG